AAAACUAAUUUGGCGCCAAAAAACAAAAUGUCUGCCAUUCGCAAGAAUCUAUGUUCGCACAUAACAGAAGAUGUUGCUGGUAAACUUAAAUCAGCAGGUAUUAAAACAGUUGUGGAUUUUGUAAGGAUGGACAUGGAACAUAUUGCUCAAGAGACUACGAUACCGUAUAAGGAUCUUGUAGUCAUCAGAAGACUUCUACUGGCCCAGUUUUCUACAUUCCCAGUGAAUUGUGCGGACUUCUAUCAGACAGCCAUUGCCUCAUCAUCUAUCAUACCAACACCAGUUAAUAAGUUAAAUGAAUUGCUGGAAGGUGGACUGUACUCGUCAGAAAUUACAGAAGUAGCUGGGGAAAUAUCGUCAGGUAAAACACAGUUUUGCCUGAGUUGCUGUGUUUCCGCGGUGAGUACAGCGAAGCAGAAUAUUGUGUACAUUGACACGUGUGGCGGGUUCUCUGCGGACAGACUUGCAGGAAUCGCUGAGGCUCAGUACGGAGAGGAACAGUUAGAGCAUAUCCUGCAGUCAGUGAAAGUUGUGGAGGCACAUGACAUAUUUCAACUUAUUUCAGCAUUGGAAACAGUUAAGGAAAAUAUGAUUAAAAAGGAUGACCCAUUUUAUGAUCUGGUCAAGCUGAUCAUUGUGGACAGUGUUACAGCAGUUAUCUACCCCUCCCUGGGUGGACAGCAGAUGGAUGGACACGGUCUUAUGGUUCAGCUCUCUCUGAAAAUCAAGCGUUUGGCUGCAGACUUCAGCUUAGCUGUACUGAUUGUUAACAAUGUAACAGGGGAUGGAAAAGUCAGCCUGGGUAAGACUUGGUCACAUGUCCCCCACAAUAGACUGCUCCUCUCACUUGCCAGGGACCAGAAACCAAAUGUUAGAGAGGUGGUGUUGGUGAAAAGUUCAAAGUCGGCAACAGGUGGGAAGAUCAUGUUAGAAAUUACAGAAAAGGGGACUGAAGACAUUAAAUGAACCUCUUUUUAACACACUGCACCUCUGUGUGCAUCCUUAAGCAGGACAGUUGUGGAUGCCAAGCUGCCAGAGUCUCGCUUCAUCAAUAGAUGUCCAAAGAGCCCAACUAUAGUGGAGUUUCCCUGCUUUUCUAAGACGGAAAGAAAGAGAGGAUUGAUUUUUCAGCCUCCUUAUAUGGACAGAAUUGGUCAAUUAUUUCCUUGCAACACUUACAUUAUAUUGACUGUACUCUUCUUUUUGGAAGUGCUUCAUUAAGAGAUCUGUCAAUCUCCUCAUACACAUAUAUUAACAUUUUUAGCUCUUCUGAGCCAAAGGCUCAAAGAGCUAAUGCUAUGGCCAUUUGUGCGGUGUGCGUUAACUUUUUAGAAUAUGGGCCAUAACUCAAGAACCCCUUGGCCAAUCAGUACCAAAUUUGUCACAGGGUAUCCUUGGCCCAAGGGCUACCAUUUAUACUAAAAUAAGGGUUGGGACCCUAAAACAAGGGGAGAUAAUCAGGAAAACAAAACUAAAAGUACUGGUUGCUAAAAAAUCUUCUUCUCCAGAACCACCAGGCAGAUUUUCACCAAACUUACAUACAAGGAUCAGGAUAUGUUGAAGAUUAAAAAUUGUUCAAGGCAUGACCCUGGGGCAAAGGGCGUGGUCUCAAGGUCACUUCAAAGUUGACCUAAAUUUACAAUUAAUAAAAACGUGUAUAUUUUUCUUACUAUAAGGACUAGAAUCAUCAAAUCUUGUAAGUUGAUGCAUCUUACGACUUCACAUCAUGUUAACUCAAAAGUAGGUCACGGUGACCUACUUUUUAAAUUUUGCGGGGAUUUGUUUUCAAAUUGAUUUGAAGGCAUAUUUUGGACACUUUAAGGCCUAUGAUCAUCAAACUUUGUCAGUUGAUGCAUCUUGGGUCCUUGAACAAUGUCAACUUAAAAGUAGGUCACUGUGACCUACUUUUUGAACUUUAUGACUUAUCCUUUUAAAAACAUUAAAUCCCAAUAUUUCAGAUACUGGAAGGUUUAGAAUCAUCAAAUCUUGUACUUUGAUGCAUCUAGGGACCUUAAAACAUAUUUAUAACAAAGUAGAUCACUGUGACCUACUUUUUGAAUUUUGCCGACAUUUGUUUUCAAAUUGUUUAAAAUGCAUAUUUUGAUUACCUUCAGACCUACGAUCAUCAAAUUUGGUCAGUAGAUGCAUCUUGGGUCUUUGAAAAAUGUUAACCAAAAUGUAGGUCACGAUGACCUACUUUCGACAUUUUAUGGCUAUAUUUCAGUAUCUUAGGCAUUUAUUGGCUUAGAAUCAUCAAACUUUGUGAGUGGAUGCAUAUUUAGUUUUCGGAGAGUGAUGACCAAAAAUUAGGUCAUGGUGACCUACUUUUGACAUUUUAUGGCUUUAUUUAAGUAUCUCCGGUACUUAUUGGCUUAGAAUCAUCAAACUUUGUGAGUUGAUGCAUAUUUAGUUUUCGGAGAGUGACGACCAAAAAGUAGGUCAUGGUGACCUUCUUUUGACAUUUUGUGACUUUAUUUAAGUAUCUCCGGUACUUAUUGGCUUAGAAUCAUCAAACUUUGUGAGUUGAUGCAUAUUUAGUUUUCAGAGAGUGACGACCAAAAAGUAGGUCAUGGUGACCUACUUUUGACAUUUUAUGGCUUUAUUUAAGUAUCUGCGGUACUUAUUGGCUUAGAAUCAUCAAACUUUGUGCGUUGAUGCAUCUUGGGUUUUCGGAGAGUGACGACCAAAAAGUAGGUCAUAGUGACCUACUUUUGACAUUUUGUGGCUAUAAUUAAGUAUCUCUGGUACUUAUUGACCUAAAAUCAUCAAACUUUGUCAGAUGAUGCAUCUUGGGUUUUCGGAGAAUGUCGACCAAAAAGUAGGUCACAGUGACCUACUUUUGAAUAUCUCAGGUACGUAUUAGCUUAGAAUCAUCAAACUUUGUCAGUUUAGGCACCUUGGGUUUUCGGAGAACGUCAACCAAAAAGUAGGUCACUGUGAC